UUUCUUCAAUCUCUAAUCAUCUUCAACUUAAGAAUUUCUCCAAAAAUGGCGCAGGAGGUGAUUCUAUUGGAUUUCUGGCCGAGUAUGUUUGGCAUAAGGGUGAGAAUUGCAUUAGCGGAGAAAGGCGUCAAGUAUGAGUACAGAGAAGAGGACUUGUUGAAGGGGAAGAGCCCUUACCUUCUUCAGGUGAACCCAGUUCAUAAAAAGAUCCCAGUUCUCAUUCACAAUGGCAAACCCAUCUCUGAAUCUUCCAUCAUCGUUCAGUACAUCGAUGAAGUUUGGAACGAUAAAGCUCCUUUGCUUCCGUCUGAUCCGUAUGAGAGAGCUCAAGCAAGGUUCUGGGCUGAUUAUAUUGACAAAAAGGUGUAUGAUGCUGGGAGGAAGCUAUGGACCACCACAGGUGAGGAGCAGGAGGCAGCAAAGAAGGACUUCUUUGAAAUCUUUAAAACUUUGGAGGGGCAACUUGGUGACAAGCCAUAUUUUGGGGAAGAGAACUUGGGGUAUGUUGAUGUGUCUUUGAUUCCUUACUAUUGCUGGUUUUAUGCAUAUGAGACGAUGGCGAAUAUCAGCAUGGAGGCAGAGUGCCCCAAAUUGGUGGCAUGGGCGAAGAGAUGUGCGCAGAAAAAGAGUGUUUCAGAAUCACUUGUUGAUGAAAAGAAAAUCUUGGGGUUUGUUCAUGAGUUGAGGAAAAGGUUAGGGUUGGAAUAAAUUCAAAAUCCUGUCAACUUUGCUUUGGAGGAUUGUUUAUUUCAUGUUUAAAGUUGUUUUAUUUGGGGGAUUUUUUUUUUUUUUUUUUUAAUGUUUUUGUGAUUUUUCUGAAUGAAUAAAAUUUAUAGAAAGACACUUUCUAUUGUGUC